CUUUAGUCGUGGGUCUGGUUUGUGGUGCUUGCCCAGCCCCUUGACGGUGUGACUCCUUGGGUAUCGAAUGCUCAGUGCAUUUUGAUUAAAGCCCAAAUACCUUCAGUCUGAAGGCUGGGCUCAGGAAAGGAAGAUCGGAGGGGCCUGGACUGGCAGUGCGAAGAAACAAAAUACCCCUCACUUAUGGCUGUGUAGAACUCAUCCGUUACGUUUGGGAUUGUGGAAGGGACAUCAUUUAAAAUAACCUGAGGUCGCCCAGUUUUGUUCACAUUUGUGGGCGCCGACCAUGGAGAUGCAAAAGUGGUCCACAAGGUGGAAAACGAAAAGGUGGCUUAUGGAUUCCCCUGUAACAGCAUUCAUCACUUUAACACUCCUUCUGCACGCUGCAAAUGUCAGAGCAGCUGAGCCAGUGGACGUGCUGAAGCUAUUAGAUUUUCAAAAUGCCCCCGAAGGAGUAAGGAAAACAACAGGAUUUUGCACAAACCGACGAGCCUCGCAGCCAGACACAGCCUUCAGAGUUGGAAAACAGGCCCAGAUCAGCGCACCCACCAAGCAGCUCUUCCCAGGAGGCGCCUUCCCCGAGGACUUCUCCAUCCUUGCCACCGUCAAGGCCAAGGCUGGCAUCCAGGCCUUCCUGCUGUCCAUCUACAACGAGCAGGGCGUACAGCAGCUGGGCGUGGAGCUGGGUCGCUCCCCUCUCUUCCUGUACGAGGACCAGCACGGCAAGCCCGCCCCCGAAGACUACCCCCUCUUCCGCACCCUCAACCUGGCUGAUGGGAAGUGGCACCGCAUUGCCAUCAGUGUGGAGAAGAAGACUGUGACCAUCAUUGUGGACUGCAAGAAGAAGGUCACCAAGCCCCUGCCCAGGAGCAAUGGCGCCGUGGUCAACACCAAUGGUAUUACCGUCUUCGGAACCAGGAUCCUGGAUGAGGAAGUGUUCGAGGGUGACAUCCAGCAGCUGUUGAUUGUGGCUGAUCCCAAGGCUGCCUAUGACUACUGUGAACACUACAGCCCAGACUGUGACACCCCCCACCGCGAUACCCCACAGGCUCAGCAGCCCGAGGAUGAGUACACUACUGGCUCAGAUUAUGGCGAGUUGUAUGAUUACUAUGAUGGAGAAACAGCAAAAGAGAAUGAGGAGUACUCUGAGACUCAGCUAAACAAUGUAGAUGGCGAGUACUAUACUGACUACGGAACAGUAGAUGCUACUCAAACUCAGUCUCCCAUUGCCACAACCGGAGCCAACGAGGCUGUGGAAGAGGAAGUUGUUGUGGAAGAGGAAGUUGUUGAGGAAUAUGUCCCCGAAACGGCCGAAGCCGGUCCCGAGCCGACCUAUGCCACGGAAAUCGCCCAGGCCACCGACGUGCCGGCAGCGGUCCCCGAGGGAAACGCGUAUGACUUUAAGGAGUACGAUCUUAAGGAGUAUGACGCUAAUGAGCUUGGCGGGAGUCACUAUGACUAUGGGGCGUACGAUGAUCUGGGUAACGCGGGGCCUGCCCCGACCGCCAUGGCUUAUGAUGACGAGAUCGGCAAGGGCAAGCCGGCCGAAACCGACGUCUACGAAGCCACCGUCGGCGGAGAGGCUGGCUACCUGGGACAGAAGGGAGAGAAGGGAGAGCCCGCCGUCAUCGAGCCCGGUAUGCUCAUCGAGGGACCUCCUGGGCCUCCUGGUCCUUCCGGUCUUCCAGGCCCACCUGGUCUUCAAGGUCCUCCCGGCACUGCUGGAGAUCCUGGUGAGAGGGGCCCUGCUGGCCGCGCUGGUCUUCCGGGAGCUGACGGUUUGCCAGGCCCCCCUGGUACCAUGCUGAUGCUUCCAUUCCGCUUCGGAGGUGAUAGCCAGAAGGGACCCGUGGUGUCCGCUCAGGAGGCCCAGGCUCAGGCCAUCCUCUCCCAGGCUCGGCUCGCCAUGAAAGGUCCUCCAGGUCCCAUGGGAUUGACUGGACGUUCUGGCCCCGUGGGUCUUCCAGGAUCCACUGGACUGAAGGGAGAGUCUGGAGACCCAGGUCCUCAGGGUCCACGUGGUAUCCAAGGCCCAUCUGGUCCACCGGGAAAAGCUGGCAAGAGGGGUCGUGCCGGAGCUGAUGGCGCCCGUGGUAUGCCAGGAGAGUCAGGAUCCAAGGGUGACCGGGGCUUCGAUGGACUUCCUGGGCUUCCCGGAGAGAAGGGCCACAGGGGAGAGGUUGGGCCUCUUGGACCUCCCGGAGCUCCUGGGGAGGACGGCCAGAGGGGAGAGGAUGGAGAGAUCGGACCAAGGGGGUUGGCUGGCGAGGCCGGCCCAAGAGGUCUUCUUGGACCAAGAGGGUCACCUGGACCUCCUGGACAGCCUGGUGUUGCUGGAGUCGAUGGCCCACAAGGUUCCAAAGGAAACAUGGGACCUCAAGGAGAGCCAGGACCUCCCGGGCAGCAGGGCAUUCCUGGGCCCCAGGGUCUUCCAGGACCUCAGGGCCCCAUCGGACCUCCUGGUGAAAAAGGACCUCAAGGUCGUUCUGGCCUGCCUGGCUUGCCUGGCUCCGACGGACCCCCAGGUCACCCUGGCAAGGAGGGUCCUCCUGGAGAGAAGGGAGCUCUGGGUCAGCUCGGUCCUCAAGGUCCUAUUGGCUAUCCUGGCCCCCGUGGUGUUAAGGGAGCAGAUGGUGUGCGUGGAUUGAAGGGAGGCAAGGGUGAGAAGGGAGAAGAUGGUUUCCCUGGCUUCAAGGGAGACAUGGGUCUCAAGGGUGACCGGGGAGAGUUGGGCGUGCUCGGACCCAGAGGAGAGGACGGGCCUGAGGGUCCUAAGGGUCGAUCGGGUCCCAACGGUGAGCCCGGUCCUGUUGGUCCUGCUGGGGAGAAGGGCAAACUGGGUGUUCCAGGACUGCCAGGCUACCCAGGAAGACAAGGCCCUAAGGGUUCUACUGGAUUCCCAGGAUUCCCUGGGGCCAAUGGAGAGAAGGGAGCCAGGGGUGUGGCAGGCAAACCAGGUCCAAGGGGGCAACGAGGUCCAACGGGUCCACGUGGUGCUCGGGGUGCAAGAGGUCCUACUGGAAAGCCAGGGCCAAAGGGCACAGCGGGCAAUGAUGGUCCACCAGGCCCGCCUGGCGAGAGAGGACCUCAAGGACCCCAGGGCCCCGUGGGUUUCGCAGGACCGAAGGGCCCCCCUGGACCACCUGGAAAGGACGGGUUGCCUGGUCACCCUGGCCAGCGUGGUGAGACGGGUUUCCAAGGGAAGACCGGACCACCAGGACCUGCCGGAGUUGUUGGCCCACAGGGACCCACUGGUGAGACUGGCCCCAUCGGGGAGAGAGGACAUCCUGGACCCCCUGGCCCUCCUGGAGAGCAGGGACUUCCUGGUGCUGCUGGCAAAGAGGGCGCUAAGGGAGACCCCGGUCCCGCGGGAGCUUCCGGAAAAGAUGGCCCCCCUGGGUUGAGAGGCUUUCCCGGAGAGAGAGGACUCCCAGGAGCCGCCGGUCCAGCUGGCUUGAAGGGAGGCGAGGGUCCGCAGGGUCCACCCGGUCCAGUUGGCUCCCCUGGUGAGAGAGGAGCUGCUGGAACCGCCGGUCCCAUCGGUCUGCCCGGACGCAACGGCCCCCAGGGACCCCCAGGACCCGCUGGAGAGAAGGGUGCACCCGGCGAGAAAGGACCACUAGGCCCAUCUGGUCGCGAUGGUGUCCAGGGCCCCGUCGGUCUUCCAGGCCCCGCUGGACCCCAGGGACCCCCCGGAGAGGACGGAGACAAGGGAGAGGUUGGCGAGCCUGGUCAGAAGGGAAGCAAGGGAGACAAAGGAGAGCACGGUCCUCCCGGUCCAGCUGGUCUUCAGGGCCCAAUUGGCGCUCCCGGACCUGCCGGAGGCGAUGGAGAGCCUGGCCCCAGAGGACAACAGGGAAUGUUCGGUCAGAAGGGAGAUGAAGGGUCCCGAGGAUUCCCCGGACCUCCAGGUCCCAUUGGUCUGCAGGGUCUUCCUGGACCACCAGGCGAGAAGGGAGAGAACGGUGACGUCGGCCCCAUGGGUCCUCCUGGUCCCCCCGGUCCCAGAGGUCCUCAGGGUCCAAGCGGUGCUGAUGGUGCUCAAGGUCCUCCUGGUGGUGUUGGUGGCAUGGGACCUGUGGGAGAGAAGGGAGAGCAAGGAGAGGCAGGCAAUCCUGGACCCGCUGGAGAGCCCGGAACUGGAGGUCCUAAAGGUGAGAGGGGAGAGAAGGGCGAGGCUGGACCAUCAGGUGCUGCCGGACCUCCAGGCCCCAAGGGACCACCCGGAGAUGACGGACCCAAGGGUAACCCUGGACCUGUUGGCUUCCCUGGAGACCCCGGUCCUCCUGGUGAGCCUGGUGUUGCUGGUACAGAUGGCGGCCCUGGAGAGAAGGGAGAGGAUGGUGAAGCCGGUCAAGCUGGUCCCCCUGGUCCUUCCGGAGAAUCUGGCCCACCCGGACCACCUGGAAAGAGAGGACCUCCCGGAGCUGCAGGAGCAGAGGGCAGACAAGGAGAGAAGGGCGCCAAGGGUGAGGCAGGAGCUGAGGGCCCACCAGGUAAGACCGGCCCCGUCGGACCCCAGGGACCAUCUGGAAAGCCCGGACCUGAAGGACUCAGAGGAAUCCCUGGACCAGUGGGUGAACAAGGACUUCCUGGAUCCAACGGACAAGACGGCCCACCUGGACCCAUGGGACCUCCUGGUCUUCCUGGUCUGAAAGGAGAUCCCGGCUCCAAGGGAGAGAAGGGUCACCCAGGUCUUAUUGGUCUGAUCGGGCCUCCUGGUGAGCAGGGAGAGAAGGGAGACAGAGGUCUGCCUGGUCCUCAGGGUACGCCUGGAUCCAAGGGAGACUCCGGUAUCGGUGGCUCUGCUGGUCCCCUGGGUCCUCCUGGACCUCCUGGUCUGCCUGGUCCUCAAGGUCCUAAGGGUUCAAAGGGAUCAGGCGGCCCAGCUGGUCAGAAGGGAGACACUGGUAACAUCGGACCCCCUGGACCUCCUGGACCCCCGGGCGAGGUCAUCCAGCCCCUGCCCAUCCGCUCCCCCAAGAACAAGCGCUCAGCGGACUACCAGGGAGACGAGCCCAUGAUGGACUACGGCGAGGGCAUGGAGGACAUCUUCGGAUCCCUCAACAACCUCAAGCAGGACAUCGAGCGCAUGAAGUACCCCAUGGGCACCCAGAACAACCCGGCCAGGACCUGCAAAGACCUGCAGCUCUGCCACCCAGAGUUCCCCGACGGCGAGUACUACAUCGAUCCAAACCAGGGAUGCUCUGGAGACUCCUUCAGAGUCUACUGCAACUUCACGGCGGGAGGCGAGACCUGCAUCUACCCUGAUAAGAAAUCCAAUGGAGUUAGGAUAUCUUCCUGGCCCAAGGAGGUGCCUGGAUCUUGGUACAGCGAAUUCAAGCGUGGUAAAAUCCUGUCGUACGUGGACGCGGAGGGCAGCACGAUAAACCAGGUGCAGAUGACGUUCCUGAAACUACUGACGGCCUCGGCCAGGCAAAACUUCACCUACAGCUGCCACCAGUCGGUGGCCUGGCACGACGCCACGGUCGACAGCUAUGACAAGGCGCUGCGGUUCCUGGGCUCCAACGACGAGGAGAUGUCCUACGACAACAACCCAUACAUCCAGGUCCUCACCGACGGAUGCGCGGAGAGGAAGGGCUAUGGAAAGACUGUGAUGGAGAUUAAUACUCCUAAAAUUGAUCAAGUGCCAAUCGUCGACGUGAUGUUCAAUGACUUUGGGGAUCCCAGUCAGAAGUUUGGAUUCGAAGUGGGACCUGUCUGCUUCCUUGGCUAAAGUCCAAAUUAUAAACACAAAAACAAAAAACAAAAAGGAACAUCAAAAUUUGGCAGGGAAGGAAGGAUGGGUCAGCACUCAAGAGUAAAGACUCUUAUUUUGGUACCACCAAAUAAUCCAUCUCCAACGUCACCACGAUCACCACCACCACCACCACCACCAACCUACCAACCACCAUCCAAAUCCUUCGCCCUCCCCACACCCACUUCAUGCCACAUGCAAAAAAAUUUGAAUAAAGUGAAAAAAAAAGAAAUGGUAUAGCCAACGUGUCUUGCCAUAUGUGUAUGUAUUAUCCAGGAAAAUACUUGUUGCCCUUGUAGGGCUAGAAUCACAUGACUUAAGCCUGUUCAUGGAGCCAAAGGUGAAGGACAUCUGAAGAAGGGGCGUGGCAGAGAGUGGUGAGCGGGAACUACACAUUGGAGGUCAGAGGUCAAUGAGGAGGGCCCUCCACGGGCCCCAUUCUCCUGGUGCUGUACUAAAAAACAUAAAAAAGAAAAAGAACAAAAAAAAAAGAAGAAAAACAAGUGGUGCUUGAUCAAGAACAUAAAAUAUAUAUGUUAUGAGGUGCUAAGAGAAAGAAGAAGGUGUAUUUUGAUAAAACUGUAAUUAUUAUUUUGUACAUUACUGUUAUUUCUGAAUCCACUUUCAAACUUGCAUGUCUAUCAGAAUUGCAUCAGGCUCUUUGAUUUCAACGUGAACAGCAAGACAAAAAAAGACAACCAUGGCAACAGCAUUUAUAACUUAAGUAAAAAAAAAAAAUAAAGAAAUGAAAUAAUUAUGAUAUUUUGUCGAUGAAUACUGUGUACCUAUUAUGAAGCCAAUAAAAAAUGAGCAUUCAAACAAUUCCCUAUUUCUAAUUAUAACAUAUGCCCUUUGUAUAUAUUGACCACCCCCACAAGUUCUGGGUCACAAGUGGUUUGGCCAGCGGGACCAUUUCGAGCAUGACUGGAAGACUCACCAGCACUUGCCAAACAACAUGCUUCACUAAAUGUUGUUUCCAGUGCUUGAUUUAAGCAAUAAUGGCAUUCAGUUUCACUUAUUUAAGAUUAUUUGAUUUUUUUAUUUUAUUUUAUUUUCGAGUUUUUUUUUUUUUUAGUUAAUUAUUUUUUGUCAGAACUUUUUUCCACUUCAUAUUUUGCUCUGUUGUUUUUGGUCGUAUACCUCAAACUUUCUUGAUAACCAUUAAAGAUGCCAGGAUGGUAUGCCCUGUAUAUACCUUGGUUACACAAUUAAGUUUAUAUAUUUUGGGUGGGGAUUUUUUUAAUGAAAAAAAAGAAAUACGUAUCUGUUAGGCCUCUUCUGUUCAGAUUCCGUCUGUGAAUGCAUUGAUAAGCCCUUUUUCAGUGACCCAUUUUUGUAACUAAAAUGAGAAAAUGUUUUCAUGUGCUUUUUAUGGUUCAUUUAAAUAUUAAAAACUGGAUUCCAAAACAA